GGGCGGUUAGCGAGUCAUCCACACCGCGGCCGGUGUUUAUGUUUUCGGUGAACCUUUCGUUUCGCGAGACCGUGGUCCGUGAUAGUCUUAUCAUUCUUGCGUGAUCCGUCUGGUGCUCGUCGUACCUAUAAUUUUAAAUUUACGUCGUCGUAGUUGUCGGUUCUAUUCGGAAUUAUUUUAAACUCCAUACAUAUUAUAGGUACAUACUUGCCUACAAAUAUAUACAUAUAUAUUUUAAAAAUUAUUAAAUUACGUAUAAACCACAGUCAAAAUGAAACGACGAAUACGAAAUUAUCAUAGUCGAUUUGUCUUCCUCUACCUGUAUAAUACAAGUGAAUGGUGAAUAUGGAGGUAAGAAAAUCAGAUUUUUCCUAAAUAUUUAUCAAUAAUAAUAUCUAUGUUAUGGUUGAUCAUUGCAAGUAGAACGUGAGUACUUGAUACAUUUUUUGUUUUUUUCCCUACCAAAUUUGUGUAUUACAACCAGGAGUUAUACCUAAAUGAAAUUAUUGUCUAUUCAUAAUUUAUAAUAAAAAUAUUUUGCUACACUAGAUAUUAUUAGUAAUUGCACAUUGAUAGAUUGGAUAUUUUCUGCAUUCACUACAUACAUUUUUAAAUAAUUCAAAUACACUAAAAGAUCCCUAAUAAUUAUUACCUUUGUUAUUGUCUAUUAAUUUAUAAAAAAAUAAAGUUGAUAUCUAUAAAUCGAAUGUUCCUAAAAUUAAAAAAAUAUAUGGUAUAUUAUUAGUAAUGGGUAUGAUAAGUAUUGGUACUUAAUAAUAUUAUAUUACUCCAGACUUAUAUGACAAAAAUAUUAUUUUUUAAGGACCUAUGAACGUAUAAUCUAUGUAUUUGUUUAGAAUGUCAUUUCAAUGCAUUUCAACUAUAUGUACAUUCUAUUGACAUAGUACUAUGAAUUAUGACAAUAUGGGUAGGUACCUAAAGUUUGUUUUCAUUUGUAAUCUAUAGAUAGGUAGUUUAUUCUAAUAUUACUUAUAUUAUUUGUUAUGCUUCGUUACCUAAUAUUGUUAUACUCCAUACCUAUGAGUACUUUUGUGUAUAUGGUGAAUAUAAUUAUUAUAUAUUUUGCAUAAAAUGAGUAGAAAUUUUAAUUGUUUAAUACUAUGAAUUUAUUAUUUUGUACAUUUAACAUCAUAAAAUAAUCAAAUUUUGAUGAAACUAUAUUAUGGAUAUAAUAAUACAAUACCUAAUUUAUUACCAAUACUGGAUGUAUGUUUAGUCCAGACAGUAGGUAAUUAAAUAUCAAACAAAUGUUUUUUGAAAAUCUAAAUUUUUGUAUUAUUGUAAAAAUUGUUAUAAUAUAGAAUAUAUAAAGUAAUAAUAUUAAAAACUAUCAGACAAAUGAUUAUGAACGGGGAAUGGAUACUGUGCAAAUAUGAUUUUAUAAAUAAUAUAAUUCAUUAAACAUAGGUACCCACUAUUAUUUAAAUAUUUAAAUAUGUAUGACUAAAACAAUUGUUAAAAUUGUGUUUCAUUAAAAAUAUAAUAGGACCCUAUUGAAUUCUCAUGAAUAUAUUUGAAUAUGUAAUACCACCACAGAAAUCUUAGUAGUAAGUAAUUUGUACUUAUCAAUAAUACCUUAUGAUAUUUUAUUGCAAUUAUAACAAAGUAAUAUUACUAGUUUAAACACUAUUUUAUUAAAAUGUCAUCAAUGAUUAAUUAAUCAUGUUAAUUAUAAAGCUUAUAUUAAUAUCUAAAAUUGUAAAUAUUUUAUAUACCUCUUAAUAAUAAAAAAAUAAAACCAUUUAUGUAGUUAAUUUACUGAGUUGUAGAAUAAUUUUCAGAAUAUUUCAUACUUUAAUCACACAUAGUCAUCAUUAACUCAUCAAUUAAUUAGGCAUUUAUUUACUUAUUAUUUGACUUUAUAGAUAUCAAAUUUAACCGUGUAAUACUGUGUAUCUUUCAAAGAGGAGAAUAUUUGUUGUCAAACUGAUAUAAUUCUCUUUUACUCAAAGACCAUUGGCCUUAGACGAUUGUUAAUAAUAAUAGAUAGGUAUUCAAUAUUGCUUGUAUCUGAUUUAAUAUACCAUGACUGUCGAGUUAAUCAUGUGGAAAAUCAUAUUAUGAGUGAAGAAAUAGUAUCUAUAUAUGUGUUUGCAUCGUCGGUAGCCUACCUGCUUGUCUAAUAAAACUUGGUACAAUUACUUAUGUAUUUUUUUUCCCUUGUCAUAUUUCAUUAAGUUUGAAUUAUACAUAUUUUCCGUGUUUCAUUUCAUUACCCAUUCAAUGUAGGUAUACAUAUUCCGUUAGCUUGUAUCAUUGUUGUAAAAUCCCGUGUGGUGAAAUUUUUUAAUUAGGCAUUUGUUAAGGUUUUGUUUUGUAAGAAUCAUCAUAUCUACGUCUUGUUGCCGUUUUAUUUUUAUUUUUUAUUUUUUUACACAUAUAACUAUAAUAUAUAAGUUAUAACGAUAACAAAUGGGUAUUCAAAAUUGAAGUUGAUUGUAUUUUCAUAAAACACCAAUUCAAAUCUUUUAAAGAUAAUACAUUUUAGUCUAACAUAGUACCUAGGAUAAUAUGUUUUUAAUAAUUAUUAGGCAGAAUAAUUUUUAUUUUAAAUAUUUAAAAAUAUUCAUAUAAGAAUAUAAUAUAUAUUAUUUACCAAUAUUUUUUUCAUUAAAAUAAAUGUAUUUCCAUGUUAUAAGUAAGUAUGGUAACAAGAGCAUACUUGAAGGAAGUUCAUAUUUAUAGGAAAACACUCAACGAUUCCACUUAACAUUAGUUAUCUUGUUAUCUUAAAAACACCUACUAUUAUCAUUAAAUGUACCUAAAUUUGAAUGUUUUUAAGUUUUUUCUGGAUGUUUUAUAAUCAAAAUAUUUUAUUUACAUUACUAAAAUACAAAAAAAAACUUUUAUUAUCAAUUUUUUUAUUUCAAUGUAUUUUAUUUAUUUGACAGGUUUAAAAUAUAUAAUAUUAUGGUUAUUUUUUUAUACUAUAAAAUUACUAUAAUUGUUUUAACUACCUAUCUAGUAAUUGAAAAUUUAAUCAGUAGAAUAUAUUGUUGCAUGAUAUUUUCAUUACAAUCUGUUUCUGUCACUUCACUCAGACUUCACUAUUCAUUAAAUAUUCUCUUAAUGUUUUCGAUUAAUUAUAAAUUACCUAAGUAAUUGAAAUAAUUUUUUAAUAAUUACAAUGAAAAUACAUAAAAUGUACAUACUAUUUCAAUAUGAGAAACGAAUAUUUUAUUUGUAUGUCCUUAUAAAACCCAUAGGAAAUAUUUACUUUACUGAUUUGUUUAUAUAUUGUACAUAUUACAGCAACGUGUGGUACCUAUUAUGUACCUUUUAUAUUACCUAUUAUAUGUUUACAUUUGAAUAAGUAGCAUAUUAUUGGUACUUUGGGAUAUUUGUUUAGGUCACUGCAGAUUCUAAUUAUAAAUUAUUUGUAUGUGUAAAUAUAUCUGUAGUUAUAUUAAACUAAAUUUGUUUGUUUUGGUCAUUUUUUAAGUAUUUUAUAUUUACCUCAUAAGAAGGUGGGGUUCUAUUUUAUAUAAUUAUUUGUUUGAUACAAUAGAUACAGUAAACAUGUUUUCAGAGACAAAAAUGGAUUUGAUAUUUAUUUAUUAAUACAUUUACAUCUCAUAAAAAAUAUAGAGAUACACUGCUUCUGCAAAGAGCUGAGCAAAAUGAAACUAAUCUUAGACACCAGAAUUGUUAUGUGUUGUUAUCCAAUGUAUAUAUAUAUAUAUAAAAAAAUGUUCCCUUUAUAUAAGUUAUUAUUCUUACGAGAAAUGUAAGAUAUUUAUUCUUUAUAGAUCAGUAAUGAAAAUAAAAGUGAGAAUAGAUGGUUUUUAUAAAAAAAGAAAAAAAAAAGAUUGUGAUUUUUAUUUGCAAGUACAUUUAUUUAUUAAUUACUUAUAUAGGAACAUUUCACUGUUCUUCUUAGGUAACAAUUAUGAUGAAUAUAAUUCGACCAUGUAUAUAAAAUUUAAAUUAAAUUACUAAAUAGACACAUCACGGUUAUGGUAAACACUGAAUGUUGUCUGUUGUUCGCUAUUUUAUUUUUAAAUAUAGGUAUCAUUUUUCUUAAAAGUUAUAACACCUACUAAAUUUAAAAUGACUCAUCAAACAGUUUAUGAUUGAUAAUUCAAAAGUGAACAAUUUUUUCUUUUAACUAUUGAAUAUUAUUUAUUAAUAUGCGAUUCUAUUGGGUCAAUAUUAAUGUUAGGUGUUAGCACUCGAAUAUUGUAUUGUCUAGGUAGUGUAUUAUAAUAACAUGACGUAUUCAGGAUUAAAAUAUCUGUCAAUUUUAUCAUUACAUCACAUUGAUUGAUUUGUUACCAUGAUUGUAUGGGCUGUAGUCGUUUUAUUUUUUCAAAAUUGAAUUGUUUAUCAUAAAAUAAAAUAUAUUCACAUUGGUUUGAAAAUAUUUAGUAUUUGGCAUGAUUAUUAUUUUAUUUUACCCGUAUGAAAUAAAAUGAGGAAAUGCAGACAUUGUUUCAGACAGAAACUGCGGGGCGUUUUGCUUUGCUUAUCACAACGUAGUCUGCUGUAUUAUAUUGUUUAUUUAACAUUUUGGAUGUGUGUUUAAUCUAAUCAAAAUGUUAAUACAGUUUUUACAACAAUAACAAAAUUUAAAAUAAUGUAUGUAUCACACGUUACUUAACCAAUUAGCUAGUGUGCUUCAUUCAUUAAAAAAGUAGGUAUGAUUAAUAGGUAGGUAUACAUUGCAUAUAUAUAUUAAUUUAAACAUAAAAUAUUGUUUUAAACAUAAUAUGUGUUAUAGUUAAAUUAAUAUUAAAUUUACGUUUUAUGUAAUGUUUAUUAAAUGUUAGCUUUAAAUGAUUAUACUUAGGUAUACAUAGUAGACCGAGACUGAAGAAUAUAGUAAUUACUAAUUUGAUUUAUACCUUAUGAAAUUUAUGGAAAAUACUUUUUGACUUUCUAAAUUUUUACACUAAUUCUUUUUGAAAUUAUCAAAAGUUAUAUUAGAAGUUUUUCAAUUUAUCAAUUACAUCUCUACAUCACUUUAACCGAAGGCCCGCGGUAGACGAAGAUAUUUUAAUUCAUAAAUCUGUUAAGUUUAUUUAUAUUCGUGACAUUUUUCCCGUGAUCUACUACUCCGAAGAAGUUUUUCAUACAAUAAAUAUUGACGGUUAUUUUCGAUCAAAGUUCCGACAAGAGCAAAACUAUUUUAAUUUAUAGAUAAGUGUACAUUGUACACUUACCUGCAGAAAUCUUAAAUAUGCACGUAUAUUUUCACAGAUAAAUCGAGAAACUUCUAAUUGUAUAAUUUCAAAACUUUGAACAGUGUUAAUAAAUAUUUUCUGGAAUAUUACACGUAGAUAAUUAAUGUCAACGUGUAAUAACUAUUUAUAAGUAUUUUAUUUUAUAGGUAUUGAAAUUUUACCCAGUUAUUUCUAUUCUUUUUCUUCUUCUAUCAUAGUUACUCUUUAAGAGCUUUGAUUGCCACUACAAUAUCACGCCAUUUAUCUCAUACCUUUUUCUUUAAGUUUAUUGUAGUUAAUGUUCUCAAAUUUUCCUAUGUACAACAUCUAUCCAUAUUUUUCUAGGAUUAUCACGUGGCUUUUAUCUUCCUUGAGGUACUCAUUUGAAAGUUACAUUUAGUUUAGUUCUAUACGAUUAACAAAAGUUAUAUAUUUGUGGUUAUUAUAAAUUAUCAAAUUUAAGUUAUAUUACAAUUUAUUAAUACGCUAUAAGUAUAAUUAAUGCACUAUAAAAUAUUAUAACAAUAAAGUUAAAAUUUAAAAAUGCGCAGUUUUUACGUUUGAAAAUAAACUUUUUUCUUUGUAUUUAAAGACGGCACAGUUUUGAAACUUUUUUUCUACAGUUUUAAGUUAGAAAAUAAAAUUAUACUUGAAAAUAAUAUUAUUAUUCUUAGAUAUUUAACUACUUUAUUUAAAAAACCGUCGAAAUCGAUUAAAGUUGUUUAAAAUAACAUAUAUAAAGAAGUACCUAUUGCAAAGUUUUAAGAUUAAACACUUUGAUACACGAUUCAGACUUAGUAUAUAUACUUACUGAGAAAGUUGUGUAGGUAGGUACUUAUAACUUAUUAUAACGAGCAACCGAAAAAAUACUUUUACUACAAAUCCUUAACCAGCUAUUAAUAAUAAGACUCAUAGUAUCUUUGGAUAAAAUACUUAUCGAGGUAAUUCGAAUAACCUAUAUAUUGUAAUAUUUUAGAGUUUAAGUUAACGAACAAAUCAGCCACGGUAGGUUUCUUGUUUUGAAGGUCCUUAACUAGAAAUCAUUUUUAGAUUUGAAGCGUAGCGAGGGUAUUAUUGGUUAUACAAUGCUGUUUAUUUGUUCUAGUCUGUGGACACGUUUUUUCCUAGAAAAUCUGCUCAGAUUUUUAUGUGUAGAACUUUUACGAAAACUUUAGUUGUCUAGAUUAUACUUUAAACAGGUCGUUUUUUGAUUUUUGACGCCAUUUUUUAAAUAAAUACACUUAAGUGGGAAAAACGUAGGAAAACGUACAAUUUCACGAUUUCAUUAUUUUAUAAAAACACGGACGACGUUUUCUACUAGACAAAAUGAUUUAAUCAAAAAAUUACUAUACAAUUUUUUUUGUUGCCUUUUUGAUUUAUUUUCUUAUGAUAUAAUCGCCAAAACUUUUGAGCCACUUUUAAGCUUUUAAGGAAUUUUUAAUUUUUGGAAGUUUUUUUGCAAUAAUUCGAUUAUAAAUACACGUAGAGACUUGAAACUUAUUAAUAAUACUUAUAUUGGACUUACCGAGAUGUGGUGAAAUUUCCAAAAAUCAUCGGACGACUUAUUUUUUUAAAAUAACCUUUUUGAAAUCAAAUUAAACAAAAAUCGCAAAAAAAAUUACUGCACUUCACAUUAUGUAUCUCGGAAUCGUCUUUCUUUAAGCAAUGAUUUAUUGUUGCUUACAGACAUAAAUGAAAUAACCUUAUGUAUUUAACUUUCCCAACUUCUCAUCUACAACAGUGGCCGCUUCCUUCCCUUAUAUCAGCUCUUUUUUUUUCCUUUUAAUUUUAAUAUUAACAUUGCACACCUAUAAUCUGAUAUUUAGUUUAGGUUUGUUCACNGUAAGCAGGAAAGGGAUUAGAUCUGAGGAAUUAUUUUUGAAAAUAUAUUAUGAUGCGCGAUUUAAGGAUUAUUACAUUUAAUAACGAUAUUCGAUAGUAACGUUCAUAUCAUUUAAAAUGUAACGGAUACUUAUCUUUAAAACAUAAGUAUAUAUCUAUUUAUAUACUAUUAUUGUAAAAUAUCACUUAGAAAUAUUUCUAAUUUGUAAUUAUCGUCGUCCGAACAAUAAUAAUAUUAUAAUUUCAAAAUUAAUUACCAGUUCUACGUUAUAUACAGUGUUGAAUAAUGGUUUUGUUAUACGAGUUGGUGAACUUUUUUUUUGCUUUAUUUUAUUAUUGUUGAUUAAUGAUAAUGAUGAUGACGAUGAUGAUGAUUGUUUAUUUUAUUUUGCUGGUCAAAUAAAUUAAAGUUUUCGUUGUGGUUUUGUCAAAUAAUCUGAAAACAAUACUGCAAUCAUGCCGAAUUUUCAAUUCGUAUUAUCCGUUUAAAGUUCUAAUAUUGUUUUCUUUUAAACUUUACUCUGCUGCUCUGCUAUACACGUACAAUACAAUUCGAGUUUACCUUAGAGAUGAUGUUUAAUCAAGUAUGGUAUUGUUUGAUUAAUUCGUUUGACCGUACUAAAGCGUGAAGUGUCUAUCUUGCAUUGUAAGUAAUAAUAAGAGCUACGUCAUAAUGUAUGUAUAUUGUAUAUAGUGUUAAAAAAAAACGGAAAUCGAUUGUCCACGAUGUGCUAAUUAUUAUUAUACACUGCAUCGGUAUAAGCCGGUUAAUUGAUUAAACCCCCACAAGUUACUUAGAAAUUCCUCGGUUAUCGAUACACACCAAUGACUUCUGCUAUUGUUACACCUGCAUAUCAGUAUAUAGGUGUAUCAUAAUAAAUAUAUAUACAGAGACCUUAAAAAAUAUUUCUUCGGUUGCAAAUUUUAUAAUAAUAAUAUCAUUUGUACGGCUUUUCUAUAUAUAUAUAUAUAUAUACAAUAAUAAUAAUACAGGUAUAGGUUAUCAUAGUUGAUAUUCAAAAUAUAUACUAUACCUACUUACGUAUAAGUUUUUACGACACAACAGAUGCUACUAAAAUGUAAAAAAAAAGAAAAUAACGAAUAGGUACAGUAGGUACACUAAAUGGCGAUGUAUAUGUUUUUUGUGUUUUGAAUAUUAAAAAUAUGAAAUAGUGUAAUACCCGGUCAACGUUCGCGUUUUAUAAUGUAGUUUAUUUUUGGAAGUGUAUACAAUAAAAUAAUAUACGAAAAUCUAUUCGGUUAAAAACAAGGUUGCCACCACCUUAUUUUUCCCCAGUUUUUCUUGCUCCGGGUAAAUCGAAAAAAAAAUACCUAUGACUUAUAACCUUUUGAAUUAUAAAUCUACUUGUACGGGAAAAUGUAUUUAAGUUUAAACCGAUUUUUGUUGUACUUAUUUUUUUAACCCGCAAAUGUACCUAUUUACAGACUCAAAAAUCAAAUAAUCAUGAAACUCGUAUCAUAUAUUGCCGUAAAACCAAUAGUUUUCCUUCGCAUUCAGAAUCUUAAAAGGGACCAAUUUGUGUGCAUUAUACAUUGGCCUAUAAUUCUGAGAUGAGUGUGUUUGAGACGUGUAUUUUUUCUAUAAUAUUCUCUUGUUAUAAAUAUAACAUUUAGGUGAUGUAAAUGUGUAUGAGUUAAAUACAGUGUGUUUCACUUAAAUGAAAACACGAAAUAUUUCAGUCGGAUGGUUUAGAUUGAAAUAAGAAUUUUUUUCAGGAAGAUCGUAUCGAGUGCUAAAACAUAUUUUAAAUUAUUUUUUUUAAAUUUUUACGUGCUCAAUAAAACUUACGUUUUCUUAAAUUUAUAAACCAUAUUCGAACAAUCCUAUUUUUCAAGCAACUUUUACUAAUGCAAUUUUUUUCUAUUGAAAAAUUAAUCGAGAUACGCAGCCAUCCAAAUUUUGUUAAAAUGUAAAAAGUAUGAUUUAAAAGUACAAUGGUUUGACUAUUAUUAUGUGGUGGAAAAAUCGAAAAUAAUGUUAACUAUAAAAUUGCACCUACAUAUAAUAUCAUGCCUGUUAAAUUUAUUGAAAAAUCGAGGAAAAAAAUUUAAUUGUUUUUAAACUUAAUAAACUUGAGACGGUUAUAUCUCAGGCUAUUUUUUAGAUGAAAAAAAAUUGCGUUAGUCAAAAACCCAUUUCAAUCUAAGCCCAUCCGGUUGAAAUAUUUCGUAUUACCGUUUAAAUGAAACAUAUUGUACUUAUAUCACAUAGAUGAUAUUCGAAUUUGAAUUUACCUAGUUAAAAUAAUUUAUUUAAACGGUUUUAAUUAAUUAUCUUUAAGUUUCACAUUGAUAUAUUAAUCCAUACCUACCUAGAGGUACCUACAACUUCUAAUGCAUUUAGUGUACAUCGUAAGUAUAUUAUAGUUUCACUUUAUUUAAGUCAUUUUUUACGUGGGGGGGGGGGCGAAAUAAAUAUUAAUUCGUAUUAAUUCGAUUAAAAUGUUAGGUAAAUAUUUUUUAUUAACAAAAUAAACUUUAUAAAAGUAGCCUAUAAUUAACCGAUCAGUUAUAACCUACAUUAGGUUUAUUUAAUUGUGAUUGUGUUGUUUAAAAUAGUACAAAUAAAUUUGAAUAAAUAAACAUUAUAAAUAUGAAUAAUUUCUGUUUAAAAUAUUAGUUAUCGUGUUAAUCAGACUUCGGAAUAAAUGAGUUAAAUGCACUCGUUCAUCCGUUUAAAGGUCAAAAUGUACGAACGAAAUAUGAAUUAAAUUCAAAUUUUAUUUUAAUUGGCUUAAAAAAAAAAAUUAAAUUAUUAUUUCAAUGAACUUGCUUUUUAAUUGCUUUGUUCAUUUUAUUAAUUCAGAUUUCAAAUUACUGAUUAAAAAUGUAUGAAAGUAAUUUAAGCAAUUUUGCAAGAUGGUCAAUUUCACUGUGACGUCCUCUCUUAAAAUUAUUAAAAAAAUAUUACUUACUACAUACCUAAUACGAUAAUGAAUAAAAUCACUGAGGCUACGUUAAGUUAGUACAAAUCAAUAGUAAAAUAACAGUUAACGAACUUCAGUUUAUUUACAAAUGAACUAAUUAAAUUCACUAUAUGAUAAGGGAUAAAACAAUUUAAAAUGUAUUGUUUGUUUGAGUAUUAUAAAGUAUAAUUCAUUUAAUCAUGUUAAUCAUUUUUAUAUCUCAAAUAACAUUUGGACAAAGUUUUUUUGAAAUAAAAUAAUACAUUUAUAUUAUAAUAUUAUAACUACCUAAUACAAAAUACCUUAUUGAUGUUUAAAUAAAAUUAAUUUACUUUAUAGACCUUAUUGUCGAUUGUUCAUUUAUUUUUCGACCAAUAUUAUAGACACUUGUAAACCAUUUUACUUUUAAUUGUAAUAUUAAAUUGAUAUCUCAAUUAAAAGAUUAGCUACAUUUCAAAAAUCAACAGGUAUCAAACGAUUAAUAAAAUGAGUUUCUUUACAAUAAACCACCAUCUACUGAAUAUAACCAUUGUGGUAAUAACUAUACUUCAUGUACAGUAUACAAUCUAUUUUAAUUAUGGGGAUGCCUUAUCUAUGUUAUUCAUGGGCUUACUUACCGUUUUAUUAUAAAAAAUAUUGCUGUCAUCAUUAUAGAUCUCUUUACCGCUCUAUAUUUUUAUAUGCCGGUUCAAAAGACGCAUUCUGAUCUCUAAUGUUCUUAGAUCUCUGGCUACUACAUCAAUGCACCGCAUUCUGAGUUUCUUCGGCGGGAUCUCGUCCUAUUUAUUUUCGUCUCGAACGUCGACUUUUUUACAUGCAUUUUCAUUACUUAAUCAACAUCAGUGAACAACGGGAGAAAAAACAUUAUUUUAUAAAAGCUCUUAAAUCUGACCAAGUGACCGAGAACUACAAUAGUCGAUCUUUUCAUUUAAAUCCAGAUAAAUGCGCCGCCUCGCGCUUAAAACCAACCCUUACGUGGACUUUAAUUAAGUCCACGUUUUAUUAAAAAUAAAACUAUUCCAACGCAUGUAACGGAAACUUUAAAUUUGAUCUAUUCGCAUUUGAAAAAUUAAUCAUAAUAUAUUACAGUCGGUGUUAGUGUUUUAUUAUAUUUAUUAUGUUAAUAUAAUAACUAAAUAGCUUACAGGUACUAUUAAAAAAUUUAAGUUUUUUUUUUUGAUCAUCUAGAAAAGAUAUUAUUAAUUUAUUAUUUUAUAUACCAACCGAGUAGUUGAAUAAUAUGAGUAGUUUGCAUAUAUUUUGCAUUUAUGGCUAUUGCAUUUAUGAAUAACUGGUUUUUAAAAUAAAAUUGCAUAAUCAUAUACGAUAUACAUAUACUUCAUAAAUGAAACAUAACAUAAAGUUUUCAUUUCUAUAACAGGAAUUUUAUUUGGAUAUUAUAAAAUCAGUAAUUAUAUAAUCUUGUUAUUAUAGUAAUUACUUUUUUAAACGAAAACAUAGGAAACAUAAAAAUAAUAUAUCAAUUUAAAAACGAAAUUACUUUUUGAUUGGAAUUUUGUAGGUGUAAAUUUUCGAUGUUGGUAUAUUAUAUUUUUUAAUUUUUAGUUUUACGAUAUUAAAAACAAAAAUAUACUUUUAUUAUAGUGAACAUGUUAUCGAUUUUCUUGAAAAUAUCAAAAAUUAUAUUUCAAUGAACUCAUAAAAAAAAUAUCAACAUAUUAUAUUGUUCGUACAUUUUUUUACGUAGUGACAGUCGCUCAUACAAAUAUCGAUUGGGACGCAUUUGUACACAAUAUUUACAUUUUAAUACUUCAGAGUAAAAAAAAUACCAAAAAUAAAUAAAGAUAAUACUUAUUAUUAUAAUCAAAUAAAUAGGAACUUGGUCAUUUUUGUUGAUAAGAAUUUUUAAGCAAACUCAUUUAAAUGAGUUUAUUUUAGAUUUUGAGCGAAUCGAGGCAAAUAUUGGAUGUUGAACCAAUAAAUAAAUAAACAUUUUUAUUAAAUAAUGUUUAUUUUUUUUUUCUGUGAAUAACUUUUUCACCGAAAAUUUUGCUUUGAUUUUGAAGUGUAGCACCUUUACUGAAAGGAAAUGUUAUCUGGGUGGUUAUUUUUUUAUUUUACGAGUGGUAUUCACAAUAAUUUGAACAAAAUGUAGGAAAACGAAACACCUAAAAAUAAUGUUUUUAUUAUUUUUAAUUUUGUUUUUUUUUUUUAUUCCUAUUUAGUUAAAAGUGGUAAAUUUUUUUUUUUAAAAAAAAAAUAUUUGAGCCACUUUUGAGCUAUUUAUAAACAUUAUAAUUUUUCUAAUUAUUUACAUAAUUUUUAUUCGGUAGGUUCUCUGUGGACUCAAUUAUUAGAUCAAACAGAAAUGUUUGAACAUUUAACAAGAGGUUUAACAUUAUUCGUACUUUGCAGUCAAAAAUAAAAAAUUUAGUGUACCUAACGAAGCUUUUUUUUUUAUAGGAAUUUUAAUAGUACUUUUUGAUGAACAUUGUAAAUAUUAGGUAUGGCCUCUCAAAACAUAUAACCGAACUCCGCUCAAAAUCUUUUUUAGUUAGCAAUGAAUUAUCGUUGCGUACAGAUGUAAAUAAAAUUUCCCUCUAUAUCCUAACUUUCUUGCUUCUUAUCUGUAACAGUGGUCCACACAUUGUGCGUAUUAUGUCUAUCUUUUUUUUACAUUGAUUACGUAUAUUAGGCGAGCGUGUCUUAAAAGUUAUUAAAGUAUGUCCUUAAAAUUGUUCUCGAAAAAUCUAAAUAUUUUAAAGUUUAUUUUCCUUAGUCUGAAACAAAAAAGUUUCAUAUAUUAAUCGGGACACAAUUAAUAUAUCUUCUAAAAAAAAAAACUACAAGAAUCAAUCAUAAAUUAGAAAACCAAUAGUAUGAUAAUUUUCAUGUGGGGCUCACUUUUUUUGGUAAUUUCUAUGUAAAACUUAACGGGUAUUGUACAUUUCAUAAAUACAUUUUAUUGACAGUUGUAUUUCUCGAGGGAUCCAAUACCUUUCUGGGGUAUAUCUGGAUUCAACAUUGAGUUAGCCUAGCUUAUAGUUCUUAUUCUUGGAUAAUUAUUUCGUUAUUGGGAAUAAUGGACACCAAUUUCAACGCUGACCCUGAUAAAUAUUUAUGUAAAAGACUUAUUUUUUUUUAUCAAAUAACAAAAAUAAGCAACUCAUAAAUAUGUACCCUAAAUUACCAGCGUUUUUAUAUUAUCUGAAAUAAUAAUAAACUAAUAUCCCUGCCUAAUAAGUUAAGAGGACGUGUUAUUUGCAACAAUCCGCAUGUGCCGUCUCUGUCUUACAAUCGUAUACAAAAUCUAUGUUCAGCAGAGAUAACGUUAGUUUCAAUCAGGAUUUAAAUAUUGGAAUGAAUUGACCUAUAAUCAAACUUAAAAAUAAGACUAUUCUGUGUAACCCCGUCAAUAUUUUAUUAACUAAGCGAGAUAUGACUAUUUCGUAUGUGCAUGUGAAAUAUCAUAAUUUAUUAAUACUUAUAUGUCACUUAGAAAUUAAAACAUUGAACAAACCCCGAUGUAGUUGUUCAGAUAAUGUUCUUAUAUUGAAGUUUGAUAAUAGGUCAAUUCACUCUUGUAUUCAAAUUGAUAGCACAAAGUUUUCCCUGUUGAACGCAAAUAUUUUAAGUCAUAUUUUUGUAAAAUAGAAACAGCACAUGCAGGUUUCACCACUGAUAUCUUCUCAAUCACAGCGAAUCACUGUGCUAGUGAUGUCAUGUUAUUGAAUAAUUAUUGUUCGUUUAAAACGUAUAUAGAAAAUGACGCCUUAUCAUAUUUUUCGAUAAAAUAAUAAUAUGACACAUAAAAAAUUUUAUAUCAAUGCCACAAAAACUGCAGGGAAACCGAAGACCAACGUUAAAUUUUUCUUAAAUUUCGGCUGACGUUUAGAAAUAUACUUGUAGUUAUCAUCGAAUCUAAAUACAUAUUCGUCGCGUCCUACACGUUGUUCGAGAUUGUAUAAAAAUAAAAUAAAGGAUAUCUAUUUAUAAUUUGAUUGUUACUCAUUUUUUUUUUUUUUUUUGUUAUAUAUAUUGGCUGUUUUUAAACACGAUGCUGCUGCGGCGAUAAUAAUAUUAUUGGUGUUCGCAAGAAUUUGUAUUUUUUUAUUCGCUAUUAUCUGUCACGUCUGAUAUCUGCUACUGCCACCGCCGCUGUCGUCUCUGUGCAGUUGACCCCCCUAAAAAAAUAAACCUAUCCGAAAACCGAGUAAUAUCGGAAACGGAAACGGUUUGUUCGUUGAAACAACGCGCUGCUGAUAACGCCGUUAUAAUAUUUCAUCGGCGUGAUAUAAUAUAAGUGUGUUAUUAUUCUGUAGGUAUUUUAAAUGAUAUUUUUUGAAAAGAUAAUUAUCUACCUAUUCUAAAAUAUUCGAAUAAUUCGCUUUCGUAUAAAUUCAAAAAAACUUUCCCGCGGGUUUUUGAUGUGUUCUCAUCGUGAAAUUCGUUCUCAAAAACACGCCGACGUUAAAUAGUAAAAACUACCCUCCAAAACGGUUUUAGAACUAUAAAUCGUUAGGUAGUACCUAUGCGUAUAUAAAUUUAAAAUUAUGGUUGUUAAGCUUUUACGGGCCAGUGCUCUUUCAUCAAAAUAACUUACUGCCUACGUCCCCUUCUUGCAAAAUAAUAACAAUAAAAAAGGAGAAUUGAUCACUUUCUAUAUAUUGGGAGAUUUUUAAUUUUCUUUUCUCGUUUACCGGUGAAACAUAACGCAGACGUCCGGAUUUUGAUUUGCAUGCGGAAUGGUUAUAUGCGUCCCGACCGCCACCAUUACGACUUGUAUUAUUAUUAUUGCAGUCAACCUGUAAUUAUAUUAUUAUAAUACAUAAGUACAAUAUAAAUGCACCGGUGGAGAAAAUAUUGUUAUUGCACUCGGAUACGUUUGAAAAACGCGGACGUGCGAUCAAUAAUAACCGACGACAAUAAAAUAAUAACACAAAUACGUAUUAUCGUAACACACGAACACACAAUAAUAACGACAGUAAUAAAUUAAUGCAGUGGCAACAAGGAGGAGGUAAGGUGUAUUGUAUAGCGUAUACGUAUUAAGAGAUUGUCAGCGUGAGCGGCGUUUUCGAAUGCUCGUGUCGAAAAAUGGUUUUAUCCACUGCAGGCUAUUGCAUUUGACGUGUUAAUACACUGGGAGAAAAAAAAUGGAAGCGUGAGGGAAUACCAAGCAGACUGUAUCACCCGAAGAUCAAACGCUUGACGCAUCUACAUCACGAAUCUUGUAUUUAUGAAGUAAAUUACUUUAUACAAAAAUCAUUUCAAGUUACUAGGUUUUUCUUGUAAUAUUACUCGUAUGACGUUAAAAUUGAUUAUAUGUGUAUUGUGAUAAUUUAUGGAGAAUUAGAGAGAGAAUGCUAAUCUUUAUUACCAUUAAAUCACGGUAUUAAAUAUAUAAAAAACGUAGUAGGGCUGAUGUGACACACGUCUCAUAAUUUUUGGUAGAUCGCAAUCUUCUAUUCAACUGAUUAUUUGAUAUAUAUAUUUUCUAAUAGCAGUGGGAGAAAUCCGGAUAUUUCUAAAUUAGAAAUGUAUUUUAAAUCUGAGUUUUAGAUUUUGAAUCAUUGAUUUUUCAUUUUUUUAGACAUUUUUUAUUCAAUUCAAAAACUAAACAUAAUUAUAAAUUUGUUUAGUAUAAAUAUAAUGUAAUAUGAAUUUUCUGAUUUUUUUUUAUAUAUAUAACUAUGAAAUACAAAUUUGAUCGUAGUGAGGGAUUUAUACAAAAAUAUACGAGUAUAAAAUAGAUUUAAAAAAAAAAAAUAUCAUCAAAUAUUGUAUUUUGAAAUCUAGAAUUAGUACUUUUGGAUUUUGAAAUCCAAAAUCUGGAUUUAUCACAUCACUAAUUACUAUAUUUAUUUGAUAUGUUUCUACCUAAUUCUGAUGAACAAUUAACUAGGACUUGAUUGUUAUCCAACUGUUUUCAUUACAACUGAGUUAAAAAUAUUAUUUAAGAUGCUUGAAUAUAAUAAACCUAACCUAACCCUACCCUAUAUGAUUUUAUUAUUUCAAUGAUGUCUAUGUGUGUGUACCAAAAAAAAAAAAAACGUUAUCUAAUUGAAUUUGUAAUUUAUAUUAUGUGUUUAUUUAUAUAAGUGUAUAAGUUAUAACAGUAUUAUAAAUUAAAAACAGUUUUUUUUAAAAAAAUUUUAUUGAUUAUUAGAAUCACGUAAGGUUAACAACUAUCAGUUAUUUUAAGUACUUAAAGUACUUAAGGUACUUUAAGUAUUUUUAGUGUUAUUUUAUAUACGGUUAUCUUAAACCGUGUAAUAAAGAUUUUAAAACGAUAUUUUUAUCUAAGUCAAAGUUGUUGUCUAAAACUAAGAGUAUAUAAAGUGUUCAUUAGACCUAUAAUACUAAUUCUGUAUGCAUAUGGAACACGUAUGUCCAUCAUAGAGCCGGACGAAAAAAGGCAAAUAGUUUUUGAAAGGAAAAUUGUACGUUAAAUAAAUGGUCUCAAAAAAAAUGAGGAGGAGAAUAUAUAUGAACGAAGAACAAAUGCAGAGUUGAGAGUAAUAUUCAAUGAGCCAGACAUAGGAAUUUUCAAAAGCAGAGAAUAAGCUGGGCCAGUCACGCAUAAAGAGCGGAAAGUCAAGUAUUACGUGAAGUUACAAUAUGGAAACCAGAUAAAAAGCAUCCGAGAGAAAGGCCAGGACAGCGGUAAAUUGAUCGAGUCAAGAAAGACCCCUGCAAGUUCCCGGGAAUAAGAGAUGGAGAACAUCUGUUAAAGAACAGGGAGGCAUGGUGAGACAUUGUGGAAGCGGCGGUGGGCUUACAAGGCCUGAAAUAAGCCGACAAAAUAUACGUAUUUUAUAUUAUUUCGUACAAAACGUUUCACAACCAAGGCUGUACCUAAGAAGCAGAGUUCAAACCCUCGUAACAUUUUUCUUGUUAUAGUAUACUGCGGGAAAACAAUUGUUUCAGUCGAUACGAUAAGAACGCCACACAUGUUUCAGUUUUAGUUUUGCGAUCCCGUCUCCGUCCCCUUCCGAAAUUAUUUUCCAGUUAUGGUCUUGGUUACGACCCUAAGUGUCUGUAUAAUAUUGUGGUCGGGACGUACCUACACAAUAAUAUACGUAACAGACGGAGCGAUAUUAUUGAUAACGCACUCGUUUGUCGACACGUUGGUUAAAUGUCGUUACAAAGGGCUACGGGUUUUGUUUCGUACGGUUGUACGCGGCGGGGGACUGCGGACGCCGUAUCCAAGACGCCUUGUCGUCGCCGCGGCGCUGUUGCGGACGUCACGCCACGACUGUUCCGCGCGCGCGGCGAGAGACGUUCGGACAAUUUGCGCGAGAGCGGCGGCGGCGGCGGCGGUGGCGGCGACGACAAUGACGUAUUAUAUUAUGCGCUUGCGAAUUGCAGGCGCGUGUGUUGUUCCCCAGUGUUGUCGUGACAACGAUUGUUGUCGCGCGGGUAGCCGGCCGGCCUAAGUUCGGGGCGAUGGAUGGGAAGGUGUGGUGAAGGGGCGGGAUGUCUGGCCUGCCGGAGGAGGUGUCCCCGGAUUUUGUGCGACCGUCAGGCGUUAAAGUGCGUCCCGAAUGCAAAUUUCCGUAUAGACCUCGCCGACCCCCGCGGCAUCGCCGUCAACCGUCGUCGUAUAGUCGAACAACGCCGCCGACACAAGCCUCCAAAUGAGUUUUAUAAUAUCGCAAUAAUUAUAAUAAUAUUACUGUGUAUACACCAUACACACACACACACACACGCACACACAUAUACAGGGUAUUUCUGAAAUAUACUAUUUGUAUACGACGAUGGGGAGGUAUGGGGAAUCGGAAAAGUUGUCAGAGUUUUUUGCUGCUCUUGUUAUUUUCGAUGUUUCGGACUUGUGUAUUCGUUAAAAUAUUACGCGGACCUAAACUGAAAAAUCUCCUACACCAAUCCUACAUAACGUCGGUGUCAUCGUAUUUGAAAUGGUGCCGAAACAGUCCCAAACAGUAGUUUAUGGACAGGAAGUUGUGAGUUCUGUUUUCAGAAAUCCCGAUGUAAUUGCAAACGGUCCCCGAAAACGGCCGGUAGCUACUACAUCCGGUAAACAUUAUUUUGUUUUUAUAUUUGUAUUAUUUAUUUAAAAAUUCCAUCUCGGAUAUCAAAAAUUUAAUACCGUAAUAGUUUUUGUAUAAAGGCUGCACAAGAUAUACCUAUAUCCGGAAAUAAUAAAGAUAAUCAAAUUUUGUUUUUGUUUUACAAUAAUCGUAGGGAUAAAGACUAGGUACACAUAUUUGUAUUUCAAUUAAUUUAUUUGUGUUUCGGUGAAAAACUUAAAAAAAUAGUUUUUUUAUUUUAUUUUAUUUGGAAAAUUUGAAGAUAGCCAUUUUAUAAAAUUUAUUCUUCUGAAAAUGUUGACGUAUCAACUUUUUAUCUUCAUUGAAUUCGUGGUUUUUAAUAAUUGUUUAAAGUCUAAAGAAAAAAAGUGUACAGCCAUAAUAAUUUAUAAUAAUCAUUAGUUAUAGCGAAUGAGGUUACAGUCGGCUGUAUAAUUAUAGGUACUUUUCCUUGAAUUUUAAAAAAUUAUUAAAAAUCAGGAAUUUAAUGAAAAUAAAAAUUUAAAACGUCAACGUUUUUAGAAGAAUAAACUUUAAAAUCUAAAAUCUUUAAUUUUUCGAAAAAGAUAACAUAAAAAGUUACUUUCUUUUAGUUUUUUAUUAAAACAUAAACAUUUAUUUAAAUAUAAAUAUUUGAAGUCCUCAUCCCUGCAAUUAAUAUUAAAAUAAAAAAUAAAAAACAAAAUUUGAAUCUCAGAAGAUAUUGCAAUGGAUACAUCUUCGUGGGGCACUGUAUGUAUAUAUAUUUUAAAGGGGCUCAUAUUUAAUAAUUGAGUAUUCAUCACGGAUUCGUAGUUUCUUUUUUCCGUGUUAUGUAGAAUGUAGGUUGUGGUCGUCCUAGUCUGAAGUCAAUAAUAAUUAAAAAUAAAAAAAACCUCACUGUCUAUUGUUUAAUGUUCAUAGUUCAAUUAAGACAUUAAAAUAACAAUCGAUUUGUCUUGCACAGGUUCUAUAGUGGUAAACAUUUAACAUUACAAUUUAAAUUCUAUAGAAGUUAUUUCCGUUUGGAAGAGUGUCUAUACAUAAUAUAUGUAUAUAUUUAGACGGUGAAUAGCAGUUGUUCGAAAAAUGAUAAAAACUGCGAUCGAAUAACGACGACCGCGAAUUCGUUGCCAACCUAAAAUUGUCCAACAUUUUAUAAAAAUAGUUUUGCAUUAAUUUGCGGGUACGUAUAUUGUUCGCACUUUACCUAGUGUUUGAAUUGGGACCCCUCCAAUUCGUGAUAUUCCAUCCCGAGCUUUGAAAAAAAAAAAAUUACACCUUACAGUUUGGCAUAAUUAACAUAGCGAACAUAAAAUAUAAACACAAAGACAUUUAAAUCUUCAGGCAUUAUGCUAAUUGUUUUUUAUACUUUUUCGUCCUCCUUCUAAUGCAAACAGUAGUGGCUCGUGAUCCUUGUAAGUGGUGAGGCAAAUAUUUUAAAAAAUAUAUGGGGAAAGGCUGUUAAAAUACACAGAAAAACGAAUGUGAACUAUCAGAAAUAGAAAACGAGAUGCUGUUAUAUCAUCGUUAUUAUUUGUUGAUUUUAAUCUUCAGUAUUUUCUUUGACCUAACCCUUUGACUACACAACAAGGUGUAUCGCAUCUAUGAUACAAACAAUAGUUAGUCACAAUAUUAGUCUUAAUAUUUAGUAUUACGCAUAUUUUUCUGAAACCAAUGUAUACUGUGUAUCAACGAAAUUUUCAACGGAAUUCAUUUUAAAAUUUUGAAGGAUAACAUUAUUUAGAAUAAACUCUGUAUAUGUAUUGUAAUAAUUAAGAACAUUUUCUAUAGAGCUGGGCCUCAUUUGCCUUAUAUGGCGAGCUACCAAUUAAUGCAUAAACGCCGCCGGUUAUAACUAAUUCAUAGUUAGCCGGUUAAAUAUACUAGGUAAUAUAACAUUUCAACUGAGGUACAUAAAAAAAAAAAGGUUGAUACUGUUGAUGGGUGUGCCACUGUUUUAGGAGGGUAGUUGGAACGGGAAAUAUAUAACGUAAUUAAAUUUAAUCUUUAUUCUGAGGAGAGUAUUUAUAUCCUUCGUUUCCGAUAGUAGUGACGAAAAUAAAUAAUUUUAUAUUUUGGUUAUUGCCGUAUUAUUUUGGAUUCUGAGCGGAGUGGGGAAUGUAUUGGUUUUAUAGUGGUGUUAAUUUAUUUUUUUCUGUGGACAACUUUUCAGCCAGCAAUUUUGCUCAGAUUUUCAAUGAAAAUUUUUUCUGAAAGAAAAUCUGACUCGGUGGUACUUUAGGAGCUUCAUUUAUUAUUUUCCCAAUUGUUUUUCUAAUAAAUGGGAAAAAACGGGAAAAUAAUUACAAUAUUAAUGAAAUAUUAUUAAAGAAAAUAUAUAAUUCAUAUCUUAUUAUUUCACCAUAAUGUGAAAUAUAUAUUGUUGACAAAGCAACACUAUUAACCGAACUCCGCUCAGAAUCUCUUUUCGUUAGCCAUGGUUAAUCGUUGCAUAUAGAUAUACAAUAAAUUUCCCCUUUAUCUUCUCAACUUCUCACCUAAAACCCAUCGUGCGAAGUAUAUCUGUCUUUUUUUUAAAUUGAAAUUAUAAAUUAGAGAUUCAAAGUACAACUAUAUAUGAUAUUUAAUAUUCCAUUUCAAAAAUAGUUUUGUCAUAUUUGUUUUAAGUAGGUACUGUUAUAAAAAAAAAAAAAAAAAAACAGAUACUUUAAUAAUACACACUCAUUUUUAUAAAAUGUAUAAUGUACUCACUAUAAGUUUUAAGUAUACAUCGAGCUUAGUUUAUGGAGUUUUUUUGUCGACAGCAAUGUGGAAAAGUAAUAAUGAAAAAAAAAAAAUGAUACUACUGGUUUGUGAUGGUAUUCGAAGCGAGACGGAUAAUUGACACUCGUGUCUGGAUAUGUCCUGCCAGCCGUACUUUUUAUUUCAUUAUUCCAUUAUUGUCAUGUACAAUAUUUUCGUUUAUACGUUUUUUUUUUUUUUGUUCAAAUAAUUAAAUAUACUUACGUAGGUAUUAAUUGAUUUAUUUAAAAAAAAAAAAAAACAAUAUUGUUUCGUUUUUUAUGCGUUGAAAAAAUUCUAACGGUAAACAAUACCUAACGAGAAUACCGGAAAAUUAUAUUUAAUUUAAUACGAACAAUGACAAGUCAAUUUUAGGAACAAUAGAUGUUAUAUACACAUUAUUAUAUUGUGUUUAAAUCGUAAUUAAUGCACUUACCUAUUUACCCUGUAGUUUUUUUUGAAUUUUAACAACGAUUGUUUUAGAAAUAAAUAGAAAUACAAUUUUUAUGUUUUCUUAUUUUUCAAAAUAGAAAAUAAUAUAAUGAGUUUAAAUAUAAUAACAUAAUAUUCUUGAUUUUAUUGUAUAUUGUGUAUUUUUUUUUUUUUUUUUUAAUGCUAUACGUAUUAGGUAGAAAAAAAAAAUCCAAGGAUUCAGGAUAAAAACAAGAUUUUGGAAUAAUGAUCCCUAUGAAGAAAAUAAACAUUCAGGUGUGUAAGAAAAGAAACAUUUUCGGAACUAUAAAACCAAUAUAAUACUGAAGUCGUGUGGUGGAUCGAGACAGUUGAUAUUGGGAAUAUAGACAUUAUUAAAUUUGCCCACUCGCUUACAUUUUAAACACCACCAUUAUCUAUUUUACAAACUAAUAUUUUUAUUCGUUAAUUUAGUUUUUAGAAUUAUUCGUUCUUCAUUAUUCCACAAAAUCGUUUGAAAUGUUUCGUAGGUAACUAAUUAAAGUUCAACUUCAAUAAGGCCAUAAUACUUACGAUUUUCAUCAAAAUUGAUUUAAAAAAAAUAAUACUACAUUGAACUCAAGUUUUUCUUGUUCACCACUAAGUACAACUUAUAAUAAACCCCCUUUUAAAUGUUCAAGCAUUUCUAUUUGGUCUAACAAUUCUAUCCUCAAAAUGUCUACCGAAUAAAAAUUACUGAACGAUUUCUCAAAAUUAAAAUAUUUAUAAAAUUAGUUUAAAAAUGGCUCGAAUGUUUUGAACAUUUUACGAAAAAGAUAAAUAUAAGUUUUUUUAUUUCAAAAUUUUAUGUCUCUAUAAACAUUUUAUAUUAAAUUACAGCAGUAAAACAAAAUUGAAAAUAAUGAAAGCAUUAUUUAUUUUCGUAAAUUUUCCCGUUUUUCCCAAUUAUUAUGAAAACUGUUACGAAAAUAAAAAAUGAUCCACGCAGUAUACUCACUAAAUAAAAUUUUCUUUGAGAAAAGAUGCUACAUUUAAUAACCAGAGCCAUAUUUUUUGUAGAAAUUUGUAUAUAGUAUAAAAAAAAAAUAAUAUUAAAUUAGGUUAGAAUAGAAUAUUAUUCAAAAUGUAUUGAAUUCAUUUAUUCAGAAUAAAAUAUUUAUUCAUAAAUUUAACUAUCCAGAAUAAUUUUGUUUUAUUUAUUCACUAUUAAAAUUGUUUAAAAUAAAAUAUUUUUCAUAUACUUCAUUUACUAAAUAAUCAGUUAUUUAUACUUUUAUUUUUAUUCAUUAUUUUGAUUUGUUUAGCCCAUCUCUACAUAGAGGUUACUUUUAGCGUUUUUUUUUAUCUCGAAUGAAAAAAAAAACCAAUUUGUAAUGUAAAAACGAAAAUAUUUUUCUUACUUAAUUGAAUUUCCAGUACUACCGGGAAACCUGAUUUGACUAAUGUCACAGUCGAAAGCUCAAGUUGUCACGUUAGAAUUAACAUGACGGCAACUCGUAAAUUAGCAUGUGAACAAUUCAUCUUAAUAAAUAAACGUAAAAAUUAAUGCAGCUGUUAGUCUAAUUAAAAUUAAACCUUUGGCGAAUGAAUACUAUGCAAAUCGUUUUGAGUUUUACAGUUCUUGCAUGCAGUAUUUUAAUAGUAUUAUUUUUUCGUACGGCCGAGUAAAUGGCUGAAGAUAAAUUCGAGUUUCAAUAUAAAUUGUCGUUGACGUGUAUACGAGUACAAGUGGGUCGAUUAGAAGCCAACGACGUCGUCAUAAAUCCGCAGUGUCUCGUCCUUUCCGAACAAUUCACAACUCUCGAUUGCCUGUCGUCAGCAUAUUAUUAUUUGUAUGUUUUCAAAGAAAAAAAAAUAUAUCUUCCUAACAACAAUUUAUGCAUUAAGAUAAUCUAUUUUUGUUGUUUUUCCUAUUCAAUGCGGUACAAUACAUUUCGAUUACACGAUGUGCCUAUAUACGAAGAAAUAUACACGAACCAUACAAAUCGAGUGUGUUUGGUGAAAUGGAUGAGAUAAAUCGAACGGAAAAUCAAAGGUUACAGAAAAAGAAUAAGAACAUUUUAGUUUCUAUAGGUACCUAAAACCCCGUGAAUAUCUCGUUACUGCGUUUACACAAGUUUAGUAUAAUUUUGUAGUUUUGUAAAGCAGUUUUUAUUUGUGUUCGGGUCUGCUUGUUUUCGUUUAUUUCCAUCAUUCCUUCUUUAUUAAAGAACCAGCCAUCUGUAUAGAUAGGUUGCUGUUUAUUGUUGUAUAUCUAACGACGACGUGCAAAUAACGUUCUUGUAUUUCAAUAUUAUGCGUACUUACCUGCUUCAUUAUUAAUUAUAUUUACAUCCAUUAUAACUUAUGUAAGAAAUCCCUAUCAAUAGAAGGAAUUAAUUUCGGAGUUUAGUGAUUUAAAUAUACGUAUAGAAAUUUAAUCUUGAACAUCUCAACUGUUCCUACGUAAAAUAUUUCAAAACUGCAAUGAUUAUUAUAGACGUUCGGAUUAAACGAUGCGAAAAUUAUGUACAAUAAUGUGAUGUGUUUUACUUCUUAAGGAGCCUUGAUACCAGCAUGUGCUGUUCCCGUCUUACAAUCUCACAUUCGCACGACAUAAACAAAUUGCGUUCAGCAGGGACAAUUUUAUUUUAUAUCAAGCACAUUAUAAAGCCAAAAAGGUGGUAGAUAAUCACUAAGACUAAGUUUACACGUGUAUAAUUUUAAUGGCAAUAAGAAGGAGGUAUCUUCAUUGGCAAUGAUUAACAUGAUUGGCUUCAUGCAUUGACAUGAUUCGGAUGAUAAGUAAAUCACAGUCAUUAUUUGAAGGAAAUAACGGUAAUAAUGAAGGGAUCUGAGAGCCAGUAUUAGAAAUAAGAAUGUGGAAGUUGAUUAAUAAUAAGAGGAAAGAAAAGGACAAUCUAUAUAAUUGGUGAGGGGGUUAGUGAAAAAUAAUGUAUUGGACUUGUGUCUACGGUUGGUGAGCGUAUCGUGUACAGUUGGAGUAUAAUUGUAUGUAGAACAUUGGGUGCCAGUGAAUAUUCGGCGGAUUGGAGAAACUUCAUUGAAAUAAUUUGAUGACGUUAGUUUUAAUAUUUGUGUCUAAAACCAUUAGUUAUGUUUGUAUAUAUAUUGUAUAUUAUAUUUGUAUUGAUAAGCGAAAUUUGAAGGCAUUUUCAAAUUAUGACAUCACUAUUUUUUUCAUGACUAUGAAGUCGUUUUUUAAUUUUAGUAAAAUAUACUGGUUUGUUAGACUCUUAGAUUUUAGUUAUAAAACGAGAUAAAUUGUUAUUUAAAAGAAACUUUUUUGUUUUAAAACAUAUUUUUUUUAUGAAUUUCGUACCAAUUAGUAUACCCAUUAUUGCGUAUACAUUAUUUCGUAUUAAUUUAGUUACGUUCUAUAAGCCAAUAUAAUAUUAUUUUGUAAUUGAUAGUUAACAUAUUGCAUAAAAUAUCACGGUUUUUUUUUAGAUUUAAAACUCAAUGCUGAAUGAUGUGUUCAUAUAUUAUUAUAAUAUUGGGUACAAGUUUUUCAUAGUUUGAUUUACUUGAUUAUACAUUUAAAAAAAUACUUAAGUUUUUUUGUAUUAUCAAAAUCACGACAACUCUGUUCAGAAGGCCUAGUGAAUGGUAAACUCGCCUUAUCACUAUAAUAAAUGGACCGUUAUUUUGUGUACCUCGACGGAGCGGCACUAUAGAGUCUAUUUCUUAUUAGUGUUUUUGUUCGAUAUUAUUUUUAAAUGACAUUGAAAUAAAAUAAAAUAAAACAAUUUGUUUUUAUGCAUAUUAUAUUUACAAUAAUUGUAAUCAUAAGCGAAAUUCCGAUGAACAAAUUUAUUUUGUAAUUUUCAGAAAAUUAUAAUGACCAAUUAUUAAAAUCUAACCUUUUUCUUAGUUUAUAUUCCAUCUUUAUUUUAAUUUACAAUUUACAAGUAUAAAAUACGUCAUGAGAUUUUUAGAAUUCUUUAACAAGGGACAAAUAUUUGAAAACACCUAGCUGCAAUAAAAUCAAUAAAUCACUUUGUUCAAAAGCUAAAAAUAGUUAUGUGGAAUCUCAACAAAGAUUUUUUUUUUUUUUAUUUAACUGUUAGUGUGUAUUUCUAGAUGUCUAAAAGAUUUCUAGAUUUCUAGAUUUCUAAAAUUUAAAAUUUGUCUUUUUAACGUUGUAUUUUUUUAGUUCCAAAAAUUAUAUAAUACGCUACAAUUUUAUAAAUCGAUUUAAUAGUCAUUUUAGUGAUCAUUUUUAGAAAAUUGUCUAUUCAAAAAUUGUAUUAAAAUUUAAAAAUAUCAAGUUCUAUUUUUAAUAGAUAUUUGAACACUUUAAGUGGUUCUCUGUGGAUUAAAUAAACUUAAACUCGAGAAUUAGAGUUUGUUUUAUAGCAUACUGUUUAACAUUUCAUCGUGUCUAUACGAGAGAAAAGAAUACAUCCCCGAGGACCACCAAUUAAAACACUCCAUCUAAUUUAUUCCUUCAGUUCUCGGGUCACUGGCACGCUUUAUCAUACUGAAUAUUCCGUCUAGUACACUUCUACUAUUAUAAUAAUAUAACUUAAUACAAUAUAUAUGAUAUUAUUAAUGACGAAUCAAUGGUUUUCACGGGGAAAAAAAAAUCAUGAAUAAUGUCAUUUUUUCUUCUCGGAUGACCGAUUGACUCGAUGACCGGAUGACUUUAUACUUAACGGGUGUUGUCUGAUUUUUUCGUUAGGCAAUGCCGGGUAUAAUAGGUAUACUAGUUCACUAGUAAUUGCAAGGUUAUAAUCCAGGGUCUGGAUACUGCACGCUGAUAAGAAUUAACAUAGAUAGUAUAUAUAAGCCCGCGUAAAAGUAAAAAUCGCAAUUCCUAUCUUCCAAAUGACUGAAUACAAUAGUAUAAGGAACAAUGAUUGAGAACGCAAAAAAGGCCAACUGUGGUGGCAAUCUUCCCGAUUACCGCGUAUUUUUUUACACGUUGGAAGUGCCUUUUCUGUUUGUAUAAUAUAUAAAUAAUUAUUUUGUGAUAAGUCUAUAAUAUGUGUUAUAAUACGCAGUUCAGUGUACACAACAUAAAAUGUUCACUAUAUUUCACAUCGAAUUCGCUUGUUAUUAUAUACGAUCAGUUAUAUUAUAACUCGAUAAUAAUAUAUAUAAGCACAUUUUGUUUGCCUAUUAUUGAUAUGCAUACCUAAUAAUUAAAAACUAUACUAUAGUAAUAUUAUAUAGAAAGUCGAUGAUAACCCAUUGUUUGUUUUAUUUUUUGUUUUUUUAAUGAAAUCGAAUGUCUUUAAUUAUUAGCUUAAAACAAUAAUAGUGUAUAUAUCUAUUAAAAUAAUAUAGGUAUAUAAUGAAAAAAAACACGAAAUCGAAUUGGUGUUGAUUAUACAGACGAAAUCGUUAGGUAUAGUAAUUUUACUCAUUGAAUAAUGCGUAUAAAAACUAUAAAAAAAAAAAAAAAAAAAACUAUUAAUAAACGACGAGAGUAUGACGGUAUAUUAACCACCAAUGACGACACGACUACACGUGCUGCAAUUGAGCCGUUACCGCGUUUAGUUGACGGUCGAAGAGCGACGGUUGAUUGUGUAUUAAUUAGUUAAUUAAUCAUCUUUGUACGAUUAAACGUAAACGAUGUUAUAAUAAUAAUAAAUGUCGGGUUACAUGAACGUCGUUUUCCGUGAUAAUUAUAACCAAGACCGAAAAAUCGUUUCCGAUUAAUAUUAUGAAUUCUAAUUAUCGUGGCUAAACAAACCGUGAUAAUUUCAGUCACGUUAUUGAUAACGUCGGUUUGUUGUCUGUGCAGGCGGAGGAAAACCGUGACGUCGCCGUGUCGGCGGAUGACAGUCGUGUGCGGUCGGCUGUCGAUUUGCAUUGCGUCCGUGGAUUUUGUGAAUAACAAAUCUUGUGGUCCGGUUGAUGAAUAAGACGUACGCUCGAAACAGUCUCAAAAUGACGAUAGGUAAGACCGUUUUUUUAUUUUACUUUUUUUUUUUUUUUGAAUUUUUUAGACCGGUGUUUAUUUCAGACUUUUGAUGUUUCGUCGGGUGGGAGAUUGAGACUUGAGAUUAUAAUAUUAUAGCGUUUUUCUUCUGGCCUCCGUUCCGGUGUAAAAUUUACUAAAACGCCUAGUGUUGUUUUUAAAUAAAAAUUUAAAAAACUGACGACAAAAUAUGACGAGUAUAACGUAUCGUCGGUUUGGGACAAAAUAUUUUUUUAAAAUUUGCGUUUAGCACGCAGAUAUCCAGAAUUUCGAACGUAUAUUUCGAAGCCGCGGUUUUAAAUUAAAAUGUCUGUAAGUGUGGCCGACAUCACUCGAAAUUCGGAUAUUUUUGUAUUUAGGGGUGGAGAGGGUUUUUUACGGAGGUUUCACCGGAUUUCACUCGUAAUCGUACUGAUGGUCACGGUGCACAAGACCGGCAAAAUAAUAUUUCAUAGGUACCCUUGGUUUCGUGACGAUUUCACACCUCAAACUGUGACUUACCUUCGGUGCGAAAUACAUGUUCGGAAUUUUUAAUUUUUUUUUUUUUCCCCCCGCGAUACUAUAUAGACGUGGUGCGGGCGGUACGCCAGAAAAUCGUCGCCGUGUGCCGGAAGCUGGGCAUCGGCAUGUGCCUGCGUACCGUUCUGUUGAUAUUCUGUCUGACGUUCUUCUGGGUACAGUUACACAUGUCCGACGUGUCCGACAACGAGACGAUACAAAUACUGGCCAAGCCGGACGGGCUGCUGGACGCCAACGAUUCCAUGUUGCAACUGGUUCCGCAGGUGUGUACCUAUAUUACAGCUAUUUUAUAUUGUAACAAAACAUGUUUUAACAACCAAAUACACAGAUUAUAAUAAUUGUAAUGUUUUGGCGAUGCAGUUUUGAGCGACCCGGUUAUACUGGUAUAGCGAAUUAAUUCUGUUUUUGGCGAUAUUGUUUACCGCAAUUAUUAUUUAUCGGUUAACCAAUGCACGCGUUUCUCGACGACCGCGGAUUUCCGGAAUCGCCGAACAGAUAAAAGCUACAAAAAUGGUUGCCACGACUUUUGGAAGCCCGGAAAAGGCAGGAAAAACCUGGAACAGUCGGGGAAUUUCUAUGAAAUUCUGAAAUUUUAAUUUCAAUCUUCAAUCUCUUUUUUCACAAUAACGAAAUAACGAAAUAUUCAAAAUUCGAAAAAUAUCAUACAUUGUUUAUUAUAUUAUUAACUUUUGUAUUGUUACGUUUUUAAUACUAUAGCAUUUUAAAGUAUUCGUACAUUGUGCAUUCAUUUCGCUAUUAAAAACGAAGAAAAAAACCCGAAAGUAACAAUCAUAUUUUGAAUACAUAUUGUUUGUUUAUUCUGGUAAACUGGGAAAAAAAUAUCCCAGCAAAAAACUGCAAAGUAAACCGCGGAGUUUACGGUCUUCGGUUACUGCAGGUUAUCCAUUGAUCAAAUCCUAUACUGUACGCGGUCCGUACGGUAAAUAAAACGUUUUGGCGAAGUUGUAACCGAACAGCAAACAACCGCGAACAGUGCAGCAAACUGUUUACCAUUAACCGCACAGCUCCAAAACACGCCUUAUAAAUAACGAUUUGUUUACCGCCGAUUAUUAUUAUCAUCGUAAUAAAUAACGACUGCGGUAUCGCCCGUAUGUGAUCACUCUCGAAAUGCUCGCGAUGCUCAAUAAUAAUAACGGUAAUAACAUCGAUAAUAAUAUGCGUAAUACUAUUCCGUAAUGGCCGAUUCACUGUUCGAUAAGCACGCCGUACGCGUAUAGUAUUCGCGGUCAAAUAAUCGCACACCUGAUAUUAUGAUUGUUGUUAUUACGACGAUGCCUGUUUGCGAAUCGCGUCCCGUCUGUAAAUUUAUAUAUACAGAACCUAUACAUGGUGUCCCGCGGAGAUCCGACAAAAUGCAAUAACUUUUGUUCUGUUCAAUAUUAGUGUGUGUGUGUGUGUGUUUUUUGUUAUAGUUUAGACUGUAGAGGUUCUCAAACUUUAUUUGUUCGUGUACCACUCGUGUGUAUUACUGGUCUGUCGAGUACCAUUUAUGAUUAAAAAUCGAACUGUUCAAAAUUUCAAAACUAUCAGAGAGUAAAAUAUAAUUACUUAUAAAGUACUUAUACAUUUUUAAAGUAAGAUUUACACAAAAUAUAAAAAGUUGUAGACCCUUUAAGUACAUUGGUACGAAUUUGUUUUAUUUAUUUUUGGUGGAAUUUAUUUUUCUGCGUAUACCCCCCUCCCCCUUCCAUUUUGCUUAUCUCCUAUCACAGUUUGAGAAUCGCUGCUAUAUAACGCCUUAUUGCUUUGUGAUUCUUCUAUUUUAUCUUUAUUUUUUUUACAAAAUCCAUUAAAAGUUUCGUUACAAGUUUACAACAACGCGGCGAAUACAGUUUUUCACAUGUUUUUUCUCCUUGUUUUUUAGCGUUUGCACAAGUACUUGGUCGCGUUACCCCAGCGCGAUCGUCCCCAUCAGGCCAUUCUGCCCGGUAACGCCAGCGAACAAGUACCGGCCACGGUCAACGUUACCGAACUGCGCAAGCUGAUCGACCAACAAAACUCCAAACAGGUCGUGUUCAACGAGGACGUCUACGGCCCGCUGCAAAACGAUUCUCUAGUCAUUGUUAUACAAGUAAUGCGAAGGAAUAUUUUAAAUAAUAAAUAAUAACAUUGUAGUACUAUAUACGUAACCGUAUAUCCACAAAAAAUCAACCAAAACCACCGUCUAUACGCAAAUAUUUCUUAAAUAUAUAAUCUAAGGUAAAGAAGUUGUUGGAACUUAAUUACGAUAUAAAAUAUGAUUGAACCGUGCAUUUAAUUAAAUUUUUAAUAAAUUAUAAUCGGUUAAACGUAUUUGUCUACCAUCCACCGUCGUCAGGUACACCUGCUUAUUUUAUUUUUAUAUUUACAAUUUACCUUUUCAUUUUGUUGGCUCUUGAUAAUAUUAUUCAGUUUCUAUACCGUGGACCCAUUAGUAAAAGAACAGCGACUACUCAUUCCCCAACUUAUUGGCCAUCAGGACUAUUCAAAGUGAGAGAGAUGUCUAUGUGUUUUUCUUUUUCUUGUUUUGAAUUAUUGUCAUGGCCUAUAAAGAGGAUGUAGUCACGUGCGGUGCGCUGUCUAAUAGGACUAAUAAUAUUAAAAGGUCUGAUAAUAGAUCUAAUGAAAAUAUUCACAUCUAAUCUAUCGUGAAUUCACGAAGCAAAUCAUUUGUAACUUGUCAUCAAAUAGAUGCAACAAUACAAAUAUGCAAUUCGCAGUAGAAUUCUAGGUAGAAGUAAUGUUUAUUUUUUGUUUUAUUCGUACCUAAACCAAUUUCCUCGGUCAAAAUAAAGAAAGUGACUGUGGGACCUUUAUUUAUUUAUUUUUUUGUACGUCAACAUUGCAAAAAUGGAAAUUGUGACAUAAUAAAUUUCUGCGAAUUUCUAUCUUAUAGAUAACUUGAGAAAGAAAAAAAUGUCGAGUUAUAUCCUGGAACAUUAGAUUUCGAUAAUUUGGUGUUUAUUUUAAUUUCUAAAUCCAAAAAAAAAAAGUAUAUUAAAUCGAAAACAGGUGUUCCUUUGAAGGAGAAAAAAAAAUGAGAGUAAAUUUGUGAACGUGAGUUUUUUUUAUUUAUUUUGUAAAUUGAAUUCGAACGUACACAUAAUAUGCAAUUUUUCAGUCAGUGAACGUUUUGAACAUUGUAGAGAUGUUCAUAACAAAAAAUCAUUUCACGGCGUUAGUCAUAAUUGACUGAACCUAAAAAUUGCAUUAUUUAAAUUGCGAGCAUGUAUUAAAAAAAAAAAUAGGUAACUGCGAUUAUUUCCACAAAAUCUUUCAGUUUGUUUAAUGCUGGUUGAACGCGUUUAACAUAUAAACGAGUUUAGUAAUUUUCUUCUUGGGUUUAUUUGUUACCGUCAUUUUUAAAUGUGUAAAAUGAAAUUGUUUUUUACGACCCAUUAUCGACGACGGAAAAUUUACCCGACUUAUCGAAAAACCAUAAAAUACACCGUGCGCGCCUUCAGUAUAUAAAUAUAUAAUAAUUUUCGAGUGAACCGCAUAUUUUGCGAGUCUGCGGAUAAUACGAAUUAUUGAGUUACGUGAUAUCGAAAAUAGCAUACAAGGUGAUCCAUUUAAGUGGCUACACACGAUCUUUUGAAAGCAUUUAAUUUUUCAACGUUUUAGAUUCUGAGUGGAGCGAAGAAGUUUAUGGUUUUAAAAAGAUGUUUCUUUUUUUUUUUUUAACCGUUAACAACUUUUCUACCAGAAGACUUGCUCGGAUUUCUAAGUAUAACAACUUUUCUAAAAGGAAAUCGAUGUGGCGAAGUACAUUAAGGAUGUAAUUUUUCGAUUUUCUCAAGAGUUUUCUCAUAAAAUUUAUAAACCAAUAAAAAACGGGAAAAUUUACGAAAUGUAAGUAUUAGUUAAAAUAUAUUACGGCCUUCAUUUUUUCUAUGAACAACUUUUCUACCAGCAAUUUUAAUUUAACUUUUAAUGAUAGCAAUAUUUUAAAAAGAAAUUUCACUAGGGAGUAACUUUAUACAGGUCCUUUUUCGAUUUUCUCCGGAGUUUUCCCAGCAAAUGCAAAAAACCGGGAUAAAAUAUGGAAAAAAACGUAGAAAUAUUGGAAAAAUUGUUAUAAUUUUAAACAAAUAUAUAAAGCCUAUUUAAUUAUUUUAGUAUAAAAUUACAUAUAUAUUGUUGACAAAGUAUCUCACUAUCAACUGAAUUCUCAAAAUCGUUUUUUGUGAGGAAUGGUUUAUCGUUGCUUACAGGUAUACAUUAAAUUAUCUAUAACAGUGGCUACACUCGUCCCCAUUAUCCUAGGACUUUUUUUUUAUAAUUUAAAAAACAACUAGCUCUAAAAUAUGUUACGUAACGUCACUAAAAUGAUGUUUUCUAUUGACUAUUAUCUUCUAACCCAAACUUAAAAGUGGAAUAUCUCGUCAACGGGUUGACGAAAAUCAAAAAUGCCAACACUAAAACUUAUUUAAACUAAUACUUCAUUUGUUUAUGAAGUUGUUAUAUAUGUUCUCGUUUGAAAAUCAAAAGUACCUAUGUAGUCGUUUUACCCCUAAAAAUAGCGACGACAAAAAAUGAUAUUAUUGUAAAAUUUUAGAUCUGCUUCUUUCUUAAAUUUUUUAAAAUAUUUCAAUUUUAAUUUUAAUAGUCAAUAUUGUUCGUAAUAUUUAAUGUAGCCAUCUAAAUUUAUCGUUCUGUAUGAUAUUAUAUAGGUGUGCAUUUGCAUAUUUCUCGUAAGGGCAAAUUGGUUUGAUACAAAUUCGUUUCGAAGCAUACCUAUCUUACAAAUCCGAAAAAUUAAAUUGUUUAUUUUGUGCGGAAAAGAAACAUUUUGUCUGACUCACCUUACACAUUUAGUUUUAUUCACGCAAACUAUACACGGGACACUUGCACAAACAUUCAGAAAAUCGUUGUCAGUCUUCAGCAUUUGUUUCAACUACAGUUUGUAUGUUCAGGCAGCGAAUGCAGCAGAAUUCAUGAACAAGUCAUGUGUACAAAUACACUUUUUAUUAAAAUAUAAAUGCAUACGCGAUCACAUAAUAUUGAGCAAAUCAAACUGAAAGAUAAAAGUGUUUGAUGACUACAUGAUGGCUUUGGAGCAAGAAAAUCAAAUUUGAAACAUUUUAUCGUACUUCGAGUAACUUAAAUCUAUAGGUAUAAAAUAACAUGUCCUGACUGACUGACUGAUUCAUCAUCGUCUAGCCCAAACCACUGGACGGAUCGGGCUGAAAUUUGACACAUAGAUUAUUGUGACGUAGGUAUCCGCCAAGAAAGGAUUUUUGAAAAUUUAACCCCUAAGGGUUAAACUUAAGGGGGUAAAUAGGUUUUUAUUAAGGUAUAUUUGGUACGAAUGUCUAAUUGCUUAUUUAUUUAUUUUUGUUUAUUCGAGGAUUACCUUGGUGUUACGGAAAAAAAAACUUAUAAUUAUUAUUAUUACUAUUAUUUACACUAUUAAUAUUUCACAAUAGAACACAUUUAGCCUGCCGAAGGUGGAGUACCCACUUUUUUAAAUUUAAUUCUGAUACGGCCAAAAUCAAAAAUUAAUAUAGGUAAAAUAAUAACAAUAACAAUUAGCACGGGCUACGAGGGGCGCGGGAUAGAUAGUAUAGUAUACGUAAUUAAUAUUGUUUAUCGAUAAAUGUUUUUAAAUACUGACAAAAAUAAUAAAAUUGAAAUUUUAUUUACCGCAUACAUGUAUAUUAUUAUUAUUUUUUUUUUUUGGCGCAUUAAGUUCCGAGUUUUAGACUUAUUUUAGUACUCGUAUAUUUUCAAAACACUAUCAUUACUAGAGCAGAUAUUUAUGUAAACAAUACACGCACUUGAAAUACCAAAAUACGGCCUUAAAAUAUGUAUACAUUGUAUAUGAAAAAAAAAAACAAAUAGAAAAUUCAAAAAACAAAAAAAAAAAAAAUACACGUAUUAGAAUUUUGUUAUAUUGUAUAUAAAUUGAAAAACUCAUAACAACCUAUUUGAGUGAAUCAAAUUAAUAAAUAAUAUGUUAUCCAAAACACGAAUCUUUUACCUGAAUGAUAAAUCUUGAACAAUAUUAUUUUGCGAUUCUCGAAUAGUUAAGAUGCAAAUGCCUUGAAAAUGCCCGAAAUCCUAAAAUAUGCUUUAAAAAUCCAAAACUCUAAUGUAUGUAAAUAUAUAUUAAUUAAAAUGUUGUGUAUAGCAACGUUUGGUUAUGGAAUGUAUUUUUGUGUAACCCAACUAUUCUUUUGGCUAACUUAGGUUAUGGCUAAGUGUCUGCCCACUGUCAUAACCUAUAAUCAAUUUCGCGUGUUAAUAUUGUUGUAUUUUUUGUAGGUUCAUACACGCAUCAUGUAUCUCCGACACACCAUUGUGAGCCUGGCUCGUGCUCGAGGUAUCGAAAACGCACUGUUGAUAUUCAGCCACGAUCAUUACGACGAGCAGAUAAACGAGCUGAUACAGAUGAUCGACUUUUGCAAGACGAUGCAGAUAUUCUAUCCAUAUUCCAUACAGACGCAUCCGGAUUCUUUUCCCGGCGAGUCGCCCGACGACUGUCCGAGAGACAUACCAAAAUCCGAGUAAUCAUUCGACUAUCGUUAUAUUUAUCCCCUUGUAUAGAUUAACAUAGUAGCGGCAUUCCAUAUCUCCGUGGUAUACAAUUUUUAAGGAGGCAUUUAACUCUUAAAUUGUCUGUUUGGCAUGCGCUCUGUGACAUGAAUAUUUAAAAUAAAUGUGGCAAUGUGAUCAAUAAUAAUCAAGUGCCUUUGAAGUUUGAAAAUAUAUUUAUUUUCUGAACAACGUGCCUAUAUUUUUUAUGUGGCAGAACUAUACAAAUAAAGAAUAAAACAAUAACAAUAAAACAAAAGUUCAAAACAUUACAUUUAAUUAGUAAGUUAAAUAAAUAAUGUCGUGUACCUACUUAUACAAAUUAAUAACUUUUAUUUCAAUUAUUCCGAGUAUUUGAAACAGAUUUUCUACUAACUCCGAUUAGCGUAAGAAAUGGUACUACGAGUUAGUCAGUGAAAACAAUAUAGGUACCGCCAGAAUAAAUAAAUAAAUAAAUUUAUUGUUAUUAUGUUCUUGCCAUUUUUAUUCUUCAAAGUUUGAAACAUGUAAUGACGUCAGAAGAUUUAAAAAAAAAAAAAUGUAACACCAUUUAUAAUUAAAUUAUUUCUAGAGUUAACGAUCAAUGAAUAAAUGAAAGAAAAAUGAAAGAAUUUACUACACAAUCUAAAAUUCAAUAUUAAAAUGUGCGUUUUUUUUAUAAUAUUUAACAUAUAAAAGAUAAUACAUUUGUUAUAAUAUGUUAUAUAACUAUCAUCGAACAGUACUAAAAUAAUUGUAUCAUAGUACUUCAUGCCAGAAGAAAAUUUAUUUAAAAUGAGAUACGGUAUUUUUUUUUGUUUUAAUUGUAGAAUCAGUUUUCUGUAAAAAUGCCGCCUUUAUGUUACUCUAUGUCUCCUCAUACAAUCCUCAUACCAUCCUCCGUUAACGUAAUAAUAUAUUGCAAUUUUAAAUUCGGAGCGUAGCGAGGAUUUAUUGGUUUUACAAUGAUGGUUUUUUUUUCUGUAAACAACUUCUCUACCAGAAACUUUGCUCCGAUUUUCAAGUGUGACACUUUUUCUGAAAGGAAAUUUGACCGAAGUGGUAUUGCAGGGAGAUCAUUUGAUUUUCCCAGGGGUGUUCAUAAAAAAUAAGAAAAAUGGAAAAAUGUACAAAAUUUUUUAUUUUCAAAUCAUAAAUAUUACGGUCUUUCAAAAUAUGUACUUAUAACUGAACUCCGCUCAGAAUCGUUUUUCGAUAACAAAUAUUAAUCGUUGCGUACAGAUAUACAUUAAAUUCCCUUUCAUAUUCUACCUUCUUAACUUCUCACCAAUCGUGUGAAGAAUGUCCGUAAUAUUUUUAUGUUGUUUAAAUAGGGUCGUGUACAGGCAAUUUUAACGCCAUUUGAAAAUAAAAAAUAAAGUUAACAUCUAUCGAAAACUCGUAAAUAUUCUAAUUCGCUUUCAAACACAAUAUUAUGUAGUUUCGUUCUGCAUAAUCACAAAUAUAAUAGUUACUCGUAUUAUUGAUAUUAAUCGUGAAUUUUGUUCAAAAAUGUGUUUACACGAAAUUGACAAAAAGUGUACCCUUCAAAGUGAUUUUUAGAAAUAAAACGUAAACAUAAUCCGUUAUCAUGAAAGGCAAUUCUGUGUAUACAGUAUCUAUUAUUUCUCUGGUUGGUAUUUGGUAAAACGCAUAUAGGUUAGGUAUUAGAUGGUAUUUUAAACAUCGUCUCAUAUAUAUAUAUAUAUUUAUUUGUGUACUCAAAAAUAAAUAUUUUUUUAUCCCUAAAAUCGUUUUAUAAAACGCGCUUUUGUCUGUUUCGAUGCAAACACGUUUUUUUACUAUUGUGCAUCGUCGGUCAUGUAAUUCGGGACGGUAUUCUUAACACAAUUUUCAUGUACAUACAGGGCGAUCAAACGCAAGUGUAUCAACGCCAUGCAUCCGGACCAAUACGGUCAUUAUCGCGAGGCGAAAUUUACGCAGACCAAACAUCAUUGGUGGUGGAAAGCGAACAGGGUGUUUAACGAAUUGGACGUUGUCAACAACUACUCGGGUAUGUGUUUCUACUGGCGUACCUAUUCCCUGAGAGUUUUUUUCCGCCACGACUGCAUUUGGCCGCCAGUCUCUAUCAAUGAAUUUCCUCUCUCCGGCUUUUAACAGCCCAAACUUUCUUUUUCCAACGCGUCACUCCGUCUUCUCAUAAGUCUUCCUCGCGGGGUUUCCGUUCCAUUGCUGUCCUAUAACUUUCUCGUUUUGUCGCCCAGGUCGGGGUUUAAGGGCAAGAAUUAAAAACUCCGCUCCGAUACUAAAAAAUCCUUAGAUUCGAAACCGAUUAUAGCAAAAAAAGCUUCUGGACUUGACGUGCCGCAGUAGUAGUGGGCAAUUUAAAACGAUUUCAUACUCCAUGGAGGUGUUUUAAAAACGUAAUGUGUGUGUGUGUGUUUAUUUUUAUAAUUUCAGGUCCGAUUUUAUUUUUGGAAGACGACCAUUACGUAGCCGAAGAUUUUAUAUACAUGUUGAAAUUGAUGGAAAAAUCGUGCAGCAUCGUGUGCCCCCAGUGCAGCAUUCUGUCGCUGGGAACAUACUUGAAAACGUACAAUUUUUACGGAGAAGCUAAGGUGCGUGGUCGUUUCGUUCCCCUCCCCCCAAUAUAUUAUUAUAAACUUUAAUAAUAUAAUAUGAUGCUCAUUUUUUUUUAUUAAUAUAGUCUAAGUACCGAUUAAUAUUUUCGACACACGCAUAUACGCGUCUGUUAAUAAUUACAAUAAUGAUUAUGUAUUAUGUUGUUAAUUGACGAUUUCCCCCCCCCCUCCCGUUUUGAAUGCUGCCGUUUUGGAAUGGUUUCGAAACAUACCUACAAUACACUAAAUAAACACAAAUUUUGUUUUGUUUUGUUUUUUUUUUAAUCGGACAAUUUUAUAGAAGGAUAUUUUACGGGUAAUACGUCGCCAGCAAAUAUUCGCCGCGGAAUUAACACCACCGUCUUGGAGUUUUAAAAUAGUUCCUUCGUUUUCGCAUUACGAUAAGGUUAAACAUUUUUUCCUUCGUUUUUUUUUCAGAUUUUUUUGCACGUCUAUCCAGUGUUUUUUUUUUUUUUUUUUUUGUUCUUCGUUAACAGCAUUUUAGUUUUUAACUAUUUUUUUUUUUUUAUUUCCUACCCUUUAUUAACUAUACCUACUUACCUAUCUACCUUAUAUGCUCAUAUCGAAAAAUUUCUUCUUUACUUAUGUAUAUUAUGUAAUACUUGGUUAGAUAUCUGCAUGCCGUGGCUAUUAUCGUAAAUUGCUAUACUUAAUAUUAGAUAAUUGGUUAACGAGACGUAUCAUACAGAUAAACGUAUUUCUUUAAAUUGCUUUUCCAAAGUGAGCGUAAUAUUAUUACUCACUUAUUAUUAUCACCUUCCUACCUAUUAGUUUUCCCGUAGUUGCGUAGGUACCUAUUCGGAAAAAAAAAAAUGUACAAAGUGAAUUAAAAAUGAUUGAGACUGCUACUACAGCGGCUAUUAUAGACUGUUCGGAAUAAAUUUGUUUUUAUAAGUAUCUUGUAAAUUGGACAACGUUAACCUUGAACCUCUACCAAUUAUUAGUUUGUAGCCUCUAUCCAUUAUUACUGUCUGUCACGCAGUUAUUUUUUUCCAAUACGUUUAAUUAUUUGUAAAAAAUGACGUGAAAAAAAUAAAAAUGGUACACCUUUAUGUACUUAUGUGUCGACGUUGUGCGAGUGAUAGUUUUCCAAACACAAUUAAUUUGCAGAUAACACGUAAGCGGCUGAAUAAAUAAAACAACUUAAAUAUUGCUGAUGCAUUACGGGACAGGGCACAUAAUUAUUAUUCCGUUGAAAUUCAUCUUUAUUUACUUAAUGUCUUUGAACGUCUGUUUAUCACGGUUGAUAGUAUUAAUACUAAAUACAGUGUUUGGUAAAUAGAUAAAUAUUAAUAGAUAGAUGGUAAAUGUUGAGUUCCUUUUGUUCAAUGUUAGAAAUGUUAACAGAUAUUAUACAUCAUAGCAAAACUAAUAAGUGAUUAAUUAAAGAACCAAAAUUACAUAUUAUCAUUUAGGUCGGUAUACAAUUUUGUUUAAAUUAAUAAAAUUUAAAAAUCCUUAAAAACAUCCAUGUAGACCAUAAUAAUAUACAAAUAUAUAUUUCUUUAGAUAAUCAAAUUAAAAUAUAAUCAAGUUGGUAAAUAAUAUAAAAAUUUUUGUAAGAAUAUACAAAAUUGUAUAUUAAUAUUAUGCUUAACAAUUAAUAAUAAUUUACUCAAACAAUUUAAAAUAAACAUUCACAUUAAAUAAUAUCACUAUGGAAAUAUGUAUGAACAUUACAACUGUACUUUACUUUUUUAUUUUCUUUGCGACUCAUAUCAUUGUUGUUUGAUAUUGUUCAUUAGACAUGAUAUUGUGAUAGAUCCUUUAGAUAUAUAGAUACAAAACCAUUAUACAAAAAAGAAAAAUAUCAUAAUAUAAACUAAAUGUGAAGAAAAUAACAACAGUGUUUAUCUUAUUUAUACAAAUUAAUUUACUAUCACUGUUUGAAAUGGCCAAGCAAAAUUGUAUUUAUCGUAUUAUUAUUAAUAUUUAUCUUGUAUAAUUAUUAAUAAUUAUAACAUAAUAUUAGUAUUUUAGAUUCUAAAUGGAGCUUAUGGUUUUAUAAAGAUGUUUAUUUUUUUUUCCAUGAAAACUUUUCUACCAGAAUACUGAUUUCGAUAUUUACAUGUAGCAACUUUUCUGAAAGGGAAUCGGAGUGGGGAGGUCCCUUAGAGAGGUCAUUUUUAGAUUUUCUCAAGAGUUUCCUCAUCAAAUGAGAAAAACCAAAAAAAAAAAAAAAAAAAAACGGGAAAACCUAUGAAAUAUGUUUGCACAAUAUUACGAUUUUUUUUUUUCUGUGGACAACUUUUCUACCAGCAAUUUUGCUCUGACUUGAUGAUAGCAAUGUUUCUGAAAGGAAAUUUCACUGAUGAAGUACUUUAGAUAGAUUGUUUAUUGAUUUUCUCGACAAAUAUGAACAACUGGGAAAAAACAUUGAAAAAUCGGUAUAACAUUAAACAAAUAUUAUUAAAGAAAAUAUAUAGAGCCUACUUAAUUAUUUUACUAUAAAAUGGCAUAUAUAUUAUUGUCAAAGCAUCACUUUUAACUGAAAUCCGCUCAGAAUCGUUUUAUUUUUUAAGUAAUUGUUUAUUUUUGCUUAUAGAUAUACAUUAAAUUACCUAUAGCAAUGGCUGCACCUGAAUAUUAAAACUUAAAUUAAUUAUUUGUAUCAUCAUUUGAUGAAUUAUAGGAGUAGGUGUAUUAUAAAAUGCAUAACAAGUAUUUUUAUUUUAUUAUUUAGUAGUUAAUGAAAUGCAUAUUAAUAUAUGUUUAUUUAUUUUAGUCUUUAACUCAAUAACUGAAAUUUACAACUUUAUUGUAAAAAAAAAAAAAAAAAAGUGUUUUCACUAAUACUUACCUAUUUAUUUUUCAUUAGAUUUUAUUUAUAGAUUCUAAUAGUAACAUAAUAUGUAUUUGACUUGUUUUAUACUUAGUAAUUCCAUUAUGCGCUAAAAUGUAAUAUUAUUGCAUUGUAAUUAUAGUAAAUACUUAGCUAGAUAGUUAUAAACCUAUAAAUAGGUAUAUUAUAAUUAUUGAAUGUAAAAAUAGAGAUUUUUUUUAAGCAUGUAGAUUUAUUAUUCAAUUUUGUGUUAAAUGUUUUAAAAAUAUAACUAAAUUCAUAGUUGCGUAUUCCGAAUAAUAUAUUUAUUUAAUUCUGCCUAUUAUAGAAUUUUAAACUUUUAAUAUUAUUUGUGUGAUGUUUUUGAUAUUUUAGGCAGAAAUAUCUCAAUGGAUUAGUAGUAAGCACAAUAUGGGAAUGGCAUAUAAUCGGACUGUAUGGAAACAGAUUGUCAAAUGUGCUGGUACAUUCUGCAAAUAUGAUGAUUAUAAUUGGGACUGGAGUUUACAGGGUGUAUCCAAUAAUUGUCUCAGUCAUGAAUUUAAAGUGUUUGUCCUUAAAGCACCUCGAGUUUUUCACAUUGGUGAAUGGUGAGUGAUCAAACUACCCACAUACACACACACACACACACACACACACACAUGUAUGUAUGGAAGUAGGUGCGUGCCAAUUUCCAUAAAUACAUAUAUACAUACAUACAUACAUAGAUACAUAAAAUAAUCACAUAAUAUAAAUAAUAAUAAUAAAAGAAAUGUAUUUUUUUUUUUUUUUUAUAGUGGUGUUCAUCAUAAGAAAAGUUGUUUUGAUAUGGCACUUAUAGCCAAAGUCCAAAAACUGCUUAGUUCAGUAUAUAAAUAUUUAUAUCCAGACAAGUUAGAAGUGACCUAUGCACCUAUCAAGAAAAAAGUGUUGCGCAAAGGAAAUGGCGGAUGGGGAGAUGUACGUGAUCAUGAACUGUGUAUGCGUAUGGUGAACCAUCAAUGGUGACACUUAGCAAUCAGUAUUUAUAAGUCUAAAGAACUAAUACAAGUUCCUAUAUAAUAAUUAAUAAUAUAUUAUGGGAGUUUAGACCUCCUAAAGUCAUAGACAAUAUUAUAAUACAAAAUAAUAUGAAAAUAUUAUUUGUCCAUGCCUAAACCAGUUUCUUAUUAUAUUUAUUUAUUUUUUGUUUUUAUUGUUUAUAUUUGUUUAUUUAUUAUUGUUUAUUAUUGGGUUAAUUAUAUAAUUAUAAUUUUUAUUAUUUGUAUGUAUCGCGUUGCCAUAAUCACGCUCAAGAGUUCUUAUCAUAUACUAGUACGGCAACUAAAAUAAGUUAAUUUUAAGACUAAAUAACUCAUAAUUGUUUAUUGAAUUGGAUAUUGAUUGUAUAUAAAGCUAUUAUGUUAAUAAUAUGUUUUAAAUGUCUCCAUUAGUUAUGCAAAAAUGUGUAAGCCCCAGUAAUAUUUGGAACAUAUUGACCGCAUAGUUGAAAAGUUUAUAUUGACAUAAAAAGAAAAAACAACAUACCCAAUUUUUUUAUGGCUUUUAGAGUUGUUCUUCAAAAACUUAAAAUUGGCUUUAUUAUUGUGCUAUUUUCUUUUACCACUACUAUUUGUUAUUAACUUACAAUUUAUUGUAACAUUAUAUUUUCCUUGAUUUUUUUGAUUUUGCCCUCAGCUUCAUUAUGAACAUUAUUUUCUUCUAACGCAAUAAUUUGGUACAGAAAUAUAUUUAUAUAUAUGUAAUACAAACAGACAACUCUAAAGUUAACUUAUCUAGUCGUUUUAAGUCAAUCUUAAACUUUUAGUUAUGUUUGUUGUCCAACUAUAAAUAGUCAUUAGUUUAAGUUUAAAAUGUGAUUAUGUGAGAAUGAUGUAAAAGCAUCUGCCAUUUAUUUUAUUUUUAUCAAUACUUAAAAUCAGCCAACUUUUGUUAGUGAAAAUGAUUCAAUCAAAUUACCAAAUCAAAUAUAGUACAUACCUACAAUUAGAUAGUUCAAAACUUUACCAAUUGUACAAAAUAAUAAUAUUUAUAUUUAUUCAAAAAAAAUGAUUGCAGAUUAAUGUUUUACUAAGUAAUAAUUUACUUUGGCCUUGUGUGCAUCAUGUUGAAUCAUUUUUCAUUUCUUUAUGUUAUUAUAGUUUUAAAUUUUGGUUAAGUACUUAGAUAAUAUUAUGGUGUAAAUGAUGUAUAAAAUAUGGAGAGACAGCAUAUAAAAAAAAAAAAAAAUUAUUCAUUAUAAAUCACAAUUUAUUACGUUAUAAUAUUAUGCUAACACAAAUUAUUAUAAAGAAC